GGGGGUGGCUCCGAAGUAUUCUGCCUUUGAAGGAAAAAAGAAAUCCUGGCUGUUCGUCCAGUUUCUUUGGCAGCAGCAAAAGUGAUGUGCUACAGGCGGGCAAACGUUCUCAGUUUCGUUUCCGCUGAUUCAGAUUGCAGAAAUGAAAGUGAAAGAUGGAGCGAGUCCGAGCGGAGAAAUGGAAGAGGAGAGACGCAUCUGCAAGAACUGCAAGAGGGAUGUGGCUGCAGUGAAUUUCUCUCUCCAUGAAGCUCAUUGCAUGCGAUUUCUUGCUAUCUGCCCCAAGUGUGAGGAACUGGUUGCUUCAAAGGACAUGAAAGAGCAUCUCACCAAGGCCCACCAACAGGUCAGAUGCACACUCUGUCACCAGAUGAUGCAACAGUAUCUGCUGGAGCACCAUGAGGCCGAAGAUUGCCAAGAGCGCUCAGUUAAAUGCCACUACUGUGAGCUGGAGCUGCCAUUCCAUAAGCUGCAAUCUCACCUGGAUGCGUGUGGCAGCCGCACCACCAUGUGUUGGGAUUGUGGCAAAUACAUCAUGCACAAAGCCCAAGAGGGACACAAGCUCACCUGCCAAAUAGGCAACCGGCUGAGGGCUUCUGGUUCCAAAACAAAUUUAUGCCAGCAGUGUAACAAUUGGUUUCCAGCAGAUCAAUAUCUACGCCAUCUGAAUGAAUGCAGUUCAUCUCCUCAGCUCAUGGGGGCUCUCGCCACCCAUUCUGCCGCAAGAUCACGGUCUCCUCCAUCUCCACAGAGCCUUCCAACUCCAGCUCCUUCUUCUCCUACUUGGAAGAUGAAGGCGGAGAAGGAUGUGCGGCCCAAAAGGAGGGACAGAGAACUGCCUUCUAUCGAAAAAAUAUCUCUGAGGUCUCCAAGAAGCAAAAAGGCACCUGGCCGCCAGGCCUUUGCCUCCAUCCUGACCUCCACUGGGCCUCAGGCCCACAAUGACAUGUAUGACCAGCUGGUGACAUGUUCCCAGUGCAACAUCCUCCUUCCGAGCCCAACCCUACAGAAGCAUGAGAAAAAGUGCCAACGGGCAGCUUCCCUACAAGCAAUUCGACAGAGCCCACGAUUUUUAGAAAAAGAAGGUACUGAUGUAAUAUCUGGUUUGCUCCUUUCCUGCCUAGUGAUUAUGUAAACCAGGGGUCUCCAACCUUGGCAACUUUAAGACUUGUGGACUUCAACUCCCAGAAUUCCUCAGCCAGCAAAGCAAAUUCUGGGAGUUGAGUUGAAGUCCAUAAGUCUUAAAGUUGCCAAGGUUGGAGACCCCUGAUGUAAACCACUUCAUGCUUUUUUAAAAAUGGGGAACAUCACACAAAUGUUGAAAGUAUCUCCACCUGUUCAAAAAGGCUGCACUAUUCCAUUCAAGUACUUGCCAUAUUUCUGCACUGCUAGAGAUUCAGAAUGAGACAGCAGGAUCUGCUUCUGUCCUGCCACCACUGGAAUGACAACAGGGGUUAAAUUGCAAUAGCACUUAGACCUAUAUACCCUUUCAUAGGGCUUUUACAACCCUCUCUAAUCGGUUUACAAAAUCAGCAUAUUGCCUCCAACGAUUUGGGUCCUCAUUUUACCCACUUCGAAAGGAUGGAGGGCUGAGUCAACCUUGAGCCGGUGAGAUUCGAAGUAGCCUGCAGUACUGCACUCUAACCGCUGCGCCACCUCCGCUCCUAAGGAAGCAACUCGUUUGUUUCUCCAGGAACAAGGAAUUAAAAAAAAAAAAGCAUACGGGGUUUGCCCCCAGCCUCUCAACAGGUGCCUUUCUUCUGUGCCUCUCCAGACUUCCUUGUUCUAUGGAGCCAGCUUGGUCUCCUUCCACAUAGAGCAGCUGCUUGAAGACUGGGAGGAGGUGGAGCAUUUGUUUCAUUCAGCAGUUUUGAGAGGCAUAUGGGCCACUUAUGGUCACCCUCUGUUUGAAAAUGGCCCUCUGUGGGCAUGCGAGCUGUUGCUAGUGCCUCUUCUCAUUUCCGGCACGUACAUGCACGCUGGCCAGUUGGUCUUCACUGGAAAGUACUGGAAACCCAAAGACCAGGUGGCUGGUGUGUGCAUGCGCACCAGCCAGCUGGUCUCCGGCUUUCCGGCACACUGGUGUGCCUGCACGCACACACAUUCCAUUUUGGGCAUUCAGUGCCGAAAAGGUUAGCCAUCAUUGAUAUAGGGUCAUCCUGCUUGAGCAGGGGUUUGGACUAGGUGUCUUCCAACUCUGUUAUUCUGUUAAGUGGAUAAAUGCAGUGGUACCACCAACCUCAAGCAUAGGUCUUAAAUAAACAUAUAAAUCGCAGAGGUUAAGACCUUUAAUUUGCAUGCAUUUAGAAUAUGAAUUCGUGCAUGGGGGAGUUGUCCUAAGAGCCAAGGAGGAGACGAUUCCCUUUCCCCUGAGAUUUUUCCCCUUCCACACCCCAAAGCUAUUAUCCCCUGCUGCCCUCUACCA